UCGAGUUUGAGGAAAGACUGAGACACAUCUGGGAGAGAGAGAGAAGCAGACAGGACAGGAACGGAGGAGAGUGAACCCUCAGACACAAACCAUGGAGCAGGACACCAACUACAUGAAUAUGAGACACAUCAAAAACAACACAACAGCCCCCAGUGAACAUGAUCUGGAGAUCUCAUACGCGGAGCUGAAUCUUCUUCCUGCCUCCGGGACAUCUAAGCCCCAUACAACAGGUGAACAGGAACCAAGUUACGCCCAGGUCAACUUCACUCCGCAGAGUCCGCAGCAGAACCAAGUCCCGGAGGUGACCCCGGAUAAAGAUGAAAUUGGAAAGGAAACAGCUGGAGGAAGAAGAUCAAAAAAAUCCAGAUGUCUCAUCGUGGUCGGCAUCAUUGUCAUAAUCUGCAACUUCGUAAUUAUUACAGGUCUCACAGUACAUGUUCUACAGAUGAACAAGGAGCACGUUGAAGAUGACCCCCUGAACCGGACCUUGGCUAUUGCCCUGCGGAACCUGACAGAGCUGAAUGGAAAGUUCCAGAAAUUGUCCGAGACUGCACAAUCGCUCUGCCCAAUGCUCCGAAGCUGUUCAGCAGAGUCUCUCUGUCCGAGCGGCUGGGAAGAUCAUAAUCAUCAUUGUUAUAGAUUCUCAACGGAUACAGUAAACUGGGACUCGGCAAAACAACAAUGUGAAUCCCUAAAUUCACACCUCAUCAUCAUAAAUACAGAACAGGAACAGAAAUCUAUCGAGAAUUAUCCUGGGGAUUAUUGGAUCGGACUAACAGAUCGGGGGAGUGAAGGAAACUGGACAUGGGUUGAUGGGACCCCAGUGAGUUUUACUCAGUGGUAUGGGGGUGAACCGAAUAAUUGGAAUGAUCAUGAAAACUGCGCCUUUAUCAGAAGAACCGACUGGAAUGAUGUCAGUUGUACCGAUCAGUUCCGUUUCAUCUGUGAGAAAAGGGCACUGCCCUGCGUCGAGCCAGCUGAUAUUGAGAAAUAUUGUUCCUGAAGAGAGACUGGGACACAGAACGAGAGUGUCAGGAUUGUCCACAGAUCCCCAGCCGCUCCUCCCUUCCCCUCAUUGCCCGACUGCUCGAGACCACGUCCAAAAGGUGGAAGUUCAUCUGUUCCCCUUUUCUCCCAGGUUGAGCCUCCUGCAGCGCCCCCAGUGGUGGGAGAUGGGAAUGACAGCGUGACGGUUGACAUUGGAAAACCCCAUUAUAAAUCCAGGCAGGAAUCCGGCGACAUGUAACAGGACAGAAGUCCUGCAUUUCUCUAGCAUCUUUCACUAAUUCAGAUGAUCCCCAACCUGCUUUUGCAGCCAAUGAAGCAACUCCUUACAAUGUUUUCAUAGUUGUCAUGUCAGAAACAAGGCAUUCAAUCUGCGUGCAGUAAGCCCCCACUGGACUCGGGAUUAAACUCAGUCACAUCAGAAAUACCCUUUGGACUUUUUCUUCUCAGACUCUGUAAAUCAUGUGAACUCAUUUCAAUCUCCACGGUUCUUGUACUGUUACUAUCCAUAGUUGUAAAAGUUUCCUCUUUUUGUCCUCCA